GGAGCAUUCCUUAACAACGUGCGUGUUUACGUAUGUGCGUCCUCCUUGCCCUGCUCCUUCCCAGAGAGUGUGCUCGUGCUCCGUCCACCGGCGACAAUGAUCUGCCUGUUUCUGUCCAUAUUUGCUAACAUCUUUCAGUCAGGGUGGACAGGGGUGAAUGAACGCACCUUCAUUGCUGUAAAACCUGAUGGCGUGCAGCGGAAACUGGUGGGAGAAAUUGUGCGUCGCUUUGAGAAGAAAGGAUUUAAGCUGGUGGGCCUCAAACUUAUUCAGGCAUCGGAGGACCUUCUAAGGGAACAUUACUGGGACCUGAGGAGUAAACCCUUUUUCAGUGGACUGAUAACCUACAUGAGCUCAGGACCAGUUGUUGCAAUGGUGUGGCAGGGUCUGGACGUGGUUAAGACUGCACGUAAGAUGUUGGGAGAGACCAACCCUUCAGACUCGCUGCCGGGAACUAUCCGGGGAGAUUACUGUGUGGAAGUAGGCAGGAAUGUGAUCCACGGCAGCGACUCUGUGGUGAGCGCCCAGAAGGAAAUCUCUCUGUGGUUUCGUCAGAACGAGCUUCAAUGCUGGGAGGACAGCAGCAGCCACUGGAUCUACAACUGAUGGUCUAAAAAUCCACUGUCUCCACAUCUUCCUCUAGGUAAACCAGUGGUUUUUUUCAUGUUAGUCUCAUUACAAGAUGGAUCACAUCAUACCUCAGAGGAAUAUUUUGGCUUUAUUAGCUUGUAGCCACAUGAGAUACCGUGUCAUUGCUGCCUUGCUGGAUCUCUCGCUCCUCCUUUUUUCAUACGUUUAAAUUUGUAUCUAGAAGCAGAAGUAUUUCAGAGGUGAAAUGAUUUUACGAAGCAAAAAUGCACUAAAUGGACAAUAACUUGACAGUGUUGGCUUCUGUUACAGUUUUCAUUGUAGUUUUUGUUUAGUCCAGAACACUAGCUCAUGUUUACAGUUUGAAGCAAUAAGCUUGGAUUUGAAGCAAUAAAAGGUCAGGAUUCAUAAGGUUUCAUUCAAAGGUACAGGAAACUUCCACAUCAAAUCGCCUCUGUGCCAGUGAUGACUAUGGCUGGAUGACUCAAUUAAAUACAAAUACGAUAAAAUGCUGAAUGUCAUAAUGUUCUGUAAAAACACUUCUGGCCAUUAUUCAAAGCCAUAACACUGAUCAGAAGGGGAGAUAGUGACCAUAUUUCCUGCAGUUUAACUGGUCUGCAGAGGCAUAAAACAGCAAGGCAGUGAUUCUAAGGUCAAAAAUUUGCCAAAUGUGCACAUUUUUUCUGUAAUAGUCCUUGCAGUGAAAACCCCCAAACAUGGGAGCAGUUGAUAAACAUUAAACAACACCACUAUUGCCUUUUUGCACGAUGAUUUUCAGUUUCCUGUACCUUUUUUAAAAAAUUCAAAUCCUGUAAGGGUGUAAAACCAGAUCACGUCACUUGAAACUACUUGAAUACAGUUGUGGAUGUAAGUUUUAAAAUAUGAUGCCUAAUAGCUUUCCUGCUUUUAAUAUGGUUUUGUAAUUUCAUCAUGUCAGACUCAGUGAACAAAUAUCUUGUUUUAUAAAAAAUUUGAUUUUUCCAUCACCCAGCUGGUCACGUUCAUGCUUUUGUAAAACACCUGCAAUGAUGCCGAGUGGAUUGUAUUGGAAUCGUCAAAAACAAUAAAUCUGAUCUUGAAAUCCUU